AUGGAUGAAGUAGAUAUUGUUGUAGAAUUUCUUCUUGAGGACAUUGAAUUACUGCUGAGCAAGACCUCAUAUUCUAUCCUUUCUGAAGUGAGUCCAGUUGUGAUUUCUCUGUAUGAGGACCUCAAGAUCAUAAAAUCCUGUCUAAAAAGGAUGAAAGACUCCCCCAGUAACUUCAACAUACUCCAGUCUUUCUUCCUUAGACAGAUUAGAGACGUGGUCUUGAAGAUAUUAGAUGCCACUGACUCUUAUAUCAACAAUGCUCUGGCAAACAGCAAUGGAAUUUCUGGGGCAGAUAUUGCUAUUUCUUUCCAGCAUUCUUCAGAGCUUUCGUUUCGGGCAACACAGGUUAGUUUAUACAGGAGAUUGAUCCCUGAAGUUCAUAAUGGUAUUAGUGCUUCUAUGUCAAACAGGGAGGUUUCAUCAAGACUGAAGAGUAGUAGCCCUGUUUUGGGAGAAGAAGUGGUAGGUUUCGAUGAUGAAGCAACAGCAGUGCUGGAUAGGCUUACCGGGGAACAGAAGCAACUGGAACUGGAAGUGAUUUCCCUUGUUGGCGUGGCAGGUAUUGGCAAGACUACUUUUGCAAAAAGAUUGUAUAACGAUUCACGAGUUCUUCAUCACUUCCAUGUUCGUGCAUGGACUCGUGGGCCUCAACUAAAUGAGGAAAUGAACGCGUUGCAUGACUUGUUGACUUGUGUCACAAAUGAUAACUACUCUCUGCAUAAAAUGUAUCCUCACGAAAUGGGAGAGAAGCUACACAAGUUACUCAAGGGGAAGAGGUAUUUGAUUGUCAUUGAUGGUAUUUGGGAUUCAUUGUCUUGGAAGUUGUUCUUCAUGAAGUAUUUUCCAGAUGAUAGCAACGGAAGUAAAGUACUGAUUACAAGUAGGACGAAGGAUGUUGUUCUGAAAAUAAGCCCAAACAGCUCCCCUCAGGUUUUGCAAUUUCUAAGCCAGGACGAAAGUUGGGAAUUAUUUGAAAGUAAAGUUUUUAUUGAUGAAAGUUGCCCCCAAGAGUUGAUGGAAUUGGGGAAGGAAAUGGUUGCAAAAUGCAGAGGACUACCUCUUGCGAUUGUUGUUUUAGCUGGAGUUGCAAAGCAAGAAAAAUCACCGGAGUGGUGGAUGCAUAUAGUUACAGACAUAGCUUCACCUACUCGUGGUAAAGAGCAGUUCAUGGACAUCUUAGCAUUCGGCUAUGAUCACCUGCCUAAUUGGUUGAAACCGUGCUUUCUUUAUCUUGGAUCAUUUCCUCAAGGCUAUGAAAUUCUUGUGAAGAAAAUAGUGUGGUCAUGGAUUGCAGAGGGGUUUGUAAAACAGAAUGGGGAAAAAUGGUUGGAAGAGCUGGCAGAGGAAUAUCUAACAGAUCUUGUUGACAGAAAUCUGAUUGCAGUUUCCAAGAGAAAGUCCAAUGGUGGGAUAAAGACUUGUCAAGUCCAUGACCUGUUGAGAGAUUUGUGUGUCAAGAAAGCCAAGGAUAACUUAUUCCUGCAACCAAUUUGUGGACAUAAACAAAUUUCUCUAUUCUCACCUUCUCGUCCUACCUUGUAUGACCACUGCUAUAAAGGUGUCCGGGAAAUUGAAGCAAAACUACCUUAUGUAAGCUCACGCCCACAAAAUAUUAAAUGCUUUCAUUCUUAUGAUUUCCACUACAUACCUCCAAAUGAUGUCAAAUUCACACACAUAGAUAUCUCCCUUCAGCAGAAAAACUCGCUUGUCUAUAAACUUCUCAGAGUAUUGGAUUUAGGAUACAUCAUCCUGGACCACUUUCCUGUUAACAUACUGGAGCUUGUUCAUUUGAACUACUUGGCUCUUAGGAUUUAUAACCUUCGAAAGCUACCACCCUUGUCUAAACUUUGGAACCUAGAAACCCUCAUUCUUGUCACAGAAAAGGGACAAAUUGUCACUUUACCAGAAGAUAUUUGGCAAAUGGUAAAGUUGAGGCAUUUGCAUUAUUCAGGGGAACUGGAAUUUGAAAGUGCAAGUUUGAGUUCUUCAACUCCCUUUGUGCUGUACAAUCUACAAACUAUCUCUCAGGUACGUCCUUCAAGUUCUAUACAGGAGGUAUUGGCAAGAAUGCCCAAUCUUGUAAACUUAGGAUGCCAUUUAACAUUAUCAGAUGCUAUGAAACAUGCUCAGUUCCCUGAUCUUUCCAGAUUAAGAAUGCUAGAAACGUUAACAUUUGAUUAUCAGACUUUAAAAAUGGCAAAAUUCUUUUUACCUCAACCAAGUAAGUUUCCUCCAAACUUGAAGAAGCUGACUCUGGUAGGUAGUUACGUAGACUGGAAAGAAAUGUCAAUCAUUGGGAUGCUACCAAACUUAGAGGUUCUCAAAAUAAAGGAUAAUUUCUUCAAUGCACCACGUUGGGAAGUGAUGGAUGAGGCUUUUUCUCAUCUCAAGUUCUUGAAACUUUCAAACACUGAUCUUCAACAAUGGAGUGCCUCAAGUAGCAGCUUCCCUUGCCUCCAGCAGUUGGUGCUAGAUGGAUGUCCAAAUUUGCAGGAAAUGCCCUCUAGCUUUCGAAGCAUCGAUACAUUGGAGGCAAUUGAGUUGUAUUAUUCAUCACAGUCAGUUGCAGAUUCUGCUAGGCAAAUUCAAGAUUCACAGAGGUACAUGGGAAAUGAUGGAUUGAAAGUCUUGAUUCACCCCCAGUUUGAAGAGCAAUAA